UCCCCUCCCUUCUGGACUCCGAGCUCAGUUCGCGCAGUAACAAAUGAAGUGCGCGCUGCGACACCUCCCAGCUCUCCAGGCUCAGCCGCCAUUUCCUCGCCUGGCCUAACGGUCCGGCCAAUCCCAGCGCGCAUCGAGAAGGGCUAAGGCUCCGCCAAUCGGAGGCCGCCGAUUUCGACCCCUUGCCUCGGCCCGGCCCAAUCCAGGCUCCGGCCCCGUCGCCCCCGACCCGCCCCCGCGGCGCCCUCUCUCCUCCCUCUUUGUGCGUCUCGCGCCGCCGCCCGCCGCGUGAGAGGACGGGCUCCGCGCGCUCCGCGGCAGCACAGUCAGGUCCCCUCCCCCCAGAAGAUUCGCGAAGGAGAAACCGCCGCCGAAGAGGAGCCGCCGGUGCCGGUCCCUGGGGGGCGCCAUGGCGACCGGAGCGAACGCCACGCCGCUGGGUAAGCUGGGCCUCCCUGGCCCCAAAGGGGGCUUCGAGCCGGGGCCACCGCCUGCCCCCGGGCCUGGGACGGGGCUGCUGGUGUCCGGGCCGCCGCCGCCCCCGCCCGUGGGCUCGGUGGGGGCCCUGACCGCGGCCUUCCCCUUCGCGGCGCUGCCGCCGCCACCCCCGCCGCCCCCGCCGCCGCCCCCCCCGCCUCCCCAGCAGCCGCCGCCGCCCUCCCCGGGCUCCUCGUACCCGUCGCCGCAGCCGCCCCCUCCGCCGCCGCUCUACCAGCGCGUGUCGCCACCGCAGCCGCCACCCCAGCCGCCGCGUCAGGACCAGCAGCCGGGCCCGGCCGGUGGCGGAGGAGACUUUCCCAGUAAGAAGCGGAAGAGGAGCCGCUGGAACCAAGACACAAUGGAACAGAAGACGGUGAUUCCAGGAAUGCCUACAGUUAUCCCCCCUGGACUUACUCGGGAACAAGAAAGAGCUUAUAUAGUGCAACUGCAGAUAGAAGACCUGACUCGUAAACUGCGCACAGGAGACCUGGGCAUCCCCCCUAACCCUGAGGACAGGUCCCCUUCCCCUGAGCCCAUCUACAAUAGCGAGGGGAAGCGGCUUAACACUCGCGAGUUCCGCACCCGCAAAAAGCUUGAAGAGGAGCGGCAUAACCUCAUCACGGAAAUGGUUGCCCUCAACCCUGAUUUCAAGCCACCUGCAGAUUACAAACCUCCAGCAACACGUGUGAGCGAUAAAGUAAUGAUUCCACAAGAUGAGUAUCCAGAAAUCAACUUUGUGGGGCUGCUGAUUGGGCCCAGAGGGAACACCUUGAAGAACAUAGAGAAGGAGUGUAAUGCCAAGAUAAUGAUUCGGGGGAAAGGCUCUGUGAAAGAAGGGAAAGUCGGGCGCAAAGAUGGCCAGAUGCUGCCAGGAGAAGAUGAGCCGCUUCAUGCCCUGGUUACUGCCAAUACCAUGGAGAAUGUGAAGAAAGCAGUAGAACAGAUAAGAAACAUUCUGAAGCAGGGUAUCGAGACUCCUGAGGACCAGAACGAUCUACGGAAGAUGCAGCUUCGAGAGUUGGCUCGUUUGAAUGGGACCCUUCGGGAAGAUGAUAACAGGAUCUUAAGACCCUGGCAGAGCUCGGAGACCCGCAGCAUUACCAAUACCACAGUGUGUACCAAGUGUGGAGGGGCUGGCCACAUUGCUUCCGAUUGCAAAUUCCAAAGGCCUGGUGACCCCCAGUCAGCUCAGGAUAAAGCGCGGAUGGAUAAAGAAUACUUGUCCCUCAUGGCCGAACUGGGGGAGGCACCUGUGCCCGCAUCUGUGGGCUCCACCUCUGGGCCUGCCACCACACCCCUGGCCAGUGCACCUCGGCCCGCUGCUCCCGCCAGCAAUCCACCUCCACCGUCUCUCAUGUCCACUACCCAGAGCCGCCCACCCUGGAUGAAUUCUGGCCCGUCAGAGAGUCGGCCCUACCAUGGCAUGCACGGAGGUGGCCCUGGUGGGCCCGGAGGUGGCCCGCACAGCUUCCCACACCCGUUACCCAGCCUGACGGGCGGGCACGGUGGACAUCCCAUGCAGCACAACCCGAAUGGACCCCCUCCUCCUUGGAUGCAGCCGCCGCCACCACCGAUGAACCAGGGCCCCCACCCACCUGGGCACCAUGGCCCUCCUCCAAUGGAUCAGUACCUGGGAAGUACGCCUGUGGGCUCUGGGGUCUAUCGCCUGCAUCAAGGAAAAGGUAUGAUGCCGCCACCACCUAUGGGCAUGAUGCCGCCGCCGCCGCCGCCUCCCAGUGGGCAGCCUCCACCCCCUCCCUCUGGUCCUCUUCCCCCAUGGCAGCAGCAGCAGCAGCAGCCUCCACCGCCCCCUCCGCCCAGCAGCAGUAUGGCUUCCAGUACCCCUUUGCCAUGGCAGCAAAGAUCCCUCCCCGCAGCAGCGAUGGCCCGAGCCAUGAGAGUGAGGACUUUCCGCGCCCAUUGGUGACCCUUCCAGGCAGACAGCCUCAGCAGCGCCCCUGGUGGACAGGAUGGUUCGGCAAAGCAGCCUGAGUUAUUUUUAUGGACGGAAUCGGAACACGCUGGCUCCAUAUUGUGAAAUUUUUUAUUAAUUUUUUCUUUUUCCUUUGUUAUUUCCUUAUCUUUUCCUUUCUUCAGACUCCGUCCAAGGAGAUGCUCUCCCCGGUCUUCUGCUGCAAUUAGAUUCCUUUCCCUUUUUCAUUCCUCGUUCUUCCCUUUCUAAGGAGAGAGGAACAAAUGGUUCUUAGGCAAAGGCUUUUGGCCACCAAUGUCAGGCUAGUGGGGGGUUCCUUUGGUUCUAAGAUUUUCAAGGUGCCAUAGUCGCCCUGAGAUUUUUUUUUCCCCUAAUUUUAAGCGUGGGGUUUUGUCUCUGUCACCUUUGUAGACUAGUGGGUUGACCCCCAGGUCCAGGGUCCAUUUCCGUCCUGGCAUCCCUGCCAGCAGUCGGGGCCACCUAUGCUGCCGUGGGCUUGUCUGCCAGCCAGGAGCGCCCUUUCCACGCCCCUGAGCACCUGAGCUGCCUCAGAUUCCAUUUGUUCCUCUCUUUCCUGGAAGGUUUCCUUUUCAAAUUUAUUUUAGUCCCAAAUGUCAGUGUUUUGCAGUGUCUAGGGGUUUGAGCCCUUUGUUUUCCAUUCUGCUUCUUUUUUUUCCUCCUUCCUCUUAAUGGUGUGAUUAUGUUGAUAAUAAUGUAUUAUGCGCGUUCUCUUCACUGGUUUAUCUGCAGAAAUUUCUCUGGGCUUUUUUUUUUUUUUUUUUUUUUUUUUUUUUGGUGUAUGAUUCAACACUGCGUUAAAGGGGGAUGUUCCAUUGAAUAAAAGAGCAGUGUGGUUUUCUGGGUCUGUUUAUUUCCUUUUCUUUUAAAUCCCCUCUGCCACCAUCAGCACCAGCACCAGUUACCUUACCUGCGUUCAGCUCCUGGCCGUACUUGUCCUUUUCUUCCUGGAGAGCCUCUGGGACCUUCAUUAAGGAAGCCCCCAUCUACCUCCCUGUGUAGUUUCGCUGAGGGAAGCUGGUGUGUGGGCGGCCCCACCUCCUUCCUCUGCCUUAGUAGUUAAUGGCUGAGAACCUGGUGACCCCCUCCCUGGUCUCUCUUUUUGAAGGCCUUUCCCUGGGGCUUGGACCUCCCCAUGCGAUGAGCUCCAGUUGUGAUUUGUACUUGGAAGCUGCCACCUGACUGUGAGGUCCUGGGCCUAGGGAGGCAUCGGCACUAACGGUCAAGCCAACUAAUCCUGCCUGUCAGGCUCAGAGCUGCUAAAGUUAAAACCGUCAAGUGGCUUUUUCUCUCUCUGCUGGUGACUCGCAGCCUGCCACACUGUAGGCUUUGGGGAGAGGUGGGGCAGGAGAAGGGGACUCACCUUGUGCUUUGUAAGCACUUCACAGAGGGUCUCAGGCUGUUUUGGUCUUUGGUGUCUGGGGUGGUAGAUAGGGCCCAUGGUGGCACCAGAAAAGUACAUCUCAGGACAUAACAUGGGGCAGUGAGGGUCUUGUUCAGCUGCUGCUGCUUUGCUACAGUUCCCUUGGGGAGAGCUGCGCUGGGGCCUGCCCUUUCCCACUAGCUUUCCUUCCUUCCAGGAGGCUGAGGGACAGCAAGCUUCUGUUGCCCACGGCUCCUGGCCAGCGGGGACGGCACAACGCUGGCCUGGGCUGCUUUCCAGCUUCAGGCUGGGGCUGGCCGCUGCUGUUUUAUCUGGAGCAGAGCCUUGCGUGUCUGGGCCCCAUCCAGGGUGCCUGUGUUUGCUGUAGGCCCAGCAGGGGUUAAUGAAGCCUCAGAACCCAGACUUGUUCCCUGGGUCUUCCUAAGCAAGCCCUAAACUUCAGUUGACUGAAAGGGAGCAGGGGGAUCUUUUCUCUUUGUUCUUAGCUGACAGAAUGGGGGCAGGGCCUGGGGCCUGGCAACUCUCUUUGACUUCGGCUUCAUCUCAUUGCUUCCCCCCACAAGCUUGGUUUCCCUGGUGGGCUCAUGGGGCAGUUAAUUAGCUCUUUGAAGCUCUGGAAGAGGCAAAGUGGCGCUAUGUGGGUUUUAGAAAUAAAAUCAAUAAAUGACUUAA